UAAUAUUCCCACCUUAGUUUCUUCCUAGAAUUUUGCUUGGUUUUUAUUCAUAAAAUUAAGAAAAAGUGAGAAGAAAGAAAAAAAAAAGAUUAUAGUGAUGGAUUUCAAAGGAGAAAAAGGGAAGAAGAAAGUGUGCAUUACUGGAGCUUCAGGUUAUAUUGCUUCUUGGAUCGUUAAACUUUUGCUUGAUCGUGGUUACACUGUUAAUGCCACCGUGCGGAGUCUAAAUGAUCCCAAAAAAGUAGACCACUUGCUUGCACUGGAUGGAGCAAAGGAGAGACUCCACUUGUUUAAAGCUAAUCUCUUAGAAGAAGGUUCUUUUGAUUCUGCCAUUUGUGGAUGUGAUGGUGUUUUUCAUACUGCAUCCCCUAUUAAACUGGAUUCAUCCAAUCCUCAGGAUGAACUAAUUGAUCCUGCAGUGAAAGGAACACUGAAUGUCCUAGCAUCCUGUGCUAAAGUUCCAACCAUCAAACGCGUAGUUAUAACAUCUUCAAUGGCUGCAGUUUUGUGCACUCCUAGACCUCUGACUCCUGAAACUGUAGUCGAUGAAACAUGGUUUUCAGUCCCAGAAAUCUGUGAGAAAUUACAAAUGAAGUGGUAUCUUCUAUCAAAGACAUUAGCUGAAGAAGCUGCCUGGAAAUUUGUCAAAGAAAAUGGCAUCGAUAUGGUGUCGAUCAACCCUGCAGUCGUCAUAGGUCCUUUACUGCAGCCAACACUGAAUGCCAGUUCUAUUGCUGUUUCAAGCUUGAUCAAUGGAUCAGAAACGUACCAAAAUGUAAGUUUCGGAUGGGUUCAUGUCAAAGACGUAGCUGAAGCACAUAUUCGAGCAUUUGAGAUUCCUUCGGCAAAUGGGAGAUAUUUGUUGAAUGAAAGUGUUAAUCAUGUUUCUGAAGUUGUUAAAAUUUUGAAAGAGCUUUACCCUGAUCUCAAACUCCCUACCAAGCCCUCAGAUGACAAGCCUUUUGAUCCAACAUACAAGGUUUCUAAGGAAAAAGUUGAAAGCUUAGGCAUCACCUACAUUCCCCUGAAAGUUAGCCUGAAGGAAACUGUCGAUUGCUUGAUCGCGAAGAAGUUCAUUAGUGUUUGAUUCUUCGCUUACAUGUGAUGUCAUAUGUAAAUCUGAUUGACUACAGUCUAUAUUUUUCAGAAUCAUAAUCUUCAAUUGUACCCACAUAAUGUAACAAGUUCAAAUGUUCAAUGUGUGUUAUUGAACUAUAGUGUAACAGUGA